GGGGUUUGCCCGUAACAGGCGGGGCUAAUAACCGUAUCUGGAGACUUCUUAAGUUGGCUAACUUCCCCAGACCAUCCAUUUCACCCACAUGCUGAAAGGGACCAAAGUAAGGAAGGGUGAGUGGGUAAACUUGCUUUUUUUUCUUUCAAAAGACGGGCAUCUCAUAUUUGACUUUUAGUGAAUCAGUUUAAAAUACAUCGUUACAUUUUGGCGCUUGAUUUAUGGGAUCCUUGCUCUGUUUGUUAGCCCCAUGUGGCUAUCGGACUUGACUUGGUUCAUGAGCUGUCAUUCAAAUAUGCGUCAAUGAAACUCAGGGUGUACACUAGAGUGCCCAGAUUUAAUGGUGAACGAAGUUACAGCCGUGGACGCUGUUUUGACACUUAUGUACCAAUAGUAUGUUUAUCAGCGUUAGCAUGAUCAGCUAACUAGCAUGUAGCCCGUGUUGUGCGAGUGUGUGAGGCUCUGCUGCUGUAGCCGAGCUUGUGCGUCACAGCCCGCCUUUCUAAGACAGACCGUUAACUGAACUUAACAGACUGUACAUCAAGAGGCAUUAUUCAUGACCAUGUUUGUGCGUUAACAACACACUAUUUUGGCGUAAAUCAGCAUUAAACAACAUGUUUACGUAUUGACAUUACGCUCAAUUUUGGCAAUAUCCAUCUUUUACUGUUCAGUUGGAGGAAACAUUCAGCAAAUCAAUCUACAAAGAUAAACAAGCUGCAAAAAGGGCAAGACCAGUCAUGUUGGAUUUCAAGAGAAUACCAUUUUUUUUUAAAUUGUAAGAUAUUGUAAGGUGAUAUUGAAACUUACAUAAACUUACAUUCAGAACUUCUGAAUUUCUCGGCUGUCGGCAUUCAAAGAAGUUUUCCAGUAAGGAGGAGGGCUGUGAUUUGAGUGGGAAAAUUCACUUGAAAUAACAGACUGUGCAGUUGACCUGGAAAACAUGCGCAUUUCAGUUUUUGGAGUCAUAUGGAAGAGGAUAAGGGCCACCGGUAAACAAACAGAAAAAUGUCCAAUAUAAUUUUUUAAAAUUAUUUUUCUGAGUUUAAACUCAGAAUUCUGACCUUUUUCCUCAAUAAUAAUUUAAAAAAAAUUAUCAGACCCCUUUUUUCAUUGGCCCUAAUCCUCUUCCAUAGCAUCUCCUCGAUGUAUUGAUUGAAAAGAAGAAGAAAAAAAAAAUUAAUGCCAUUAAUAACUCUAAAGCAAAUGCAAACGAUUACUAAUAAGAACUAAGAAGAGCUGGAAAAUUAUAAAGGAAAGCAUGCAGUCAUAAAUCCAUGUAGUUUUCAUGCUUGAGUAAUGGGAUAUUUUUUGUUUUUACAACUCAGGUGAGUGUAAACAAUAAAAAAUAUAUUAAUCCGAGCUGAUAUUUUAAGGGAGGGGCAAGACUACCUUCUUGAAUGCAUCACGUGUUUCUUUUAUUGUUUGUUGGUUAUUGGAUAUACAGUAUAAUUUGUAUAAGAAGACAAUUCUGUAAAUUUUGAUGCUUCUCUUCUCGUCACAAACCUUUUCCAUGUGUUUGAGACCAAUGAAGAUCAUAUCACAUCAAAGUAAUACUGGCCCUGAUCAAUAUUAGUGGAGGUAACCACAAGGUAUUUCAUAUAAGACCCAAUACAAGGACCACCAGAGAGAUACUGAGAUAUACAUAGUUUGCAAUGACAAGGCAGUCAGUCAUGUAAAGUAGACAAAUGUCUUUUAAAAGGUGAAAUUACACAGUGAAUGUCAGUUUUAGUAUGAGAAACCAGAAAAAAAAGUGGCUCUGACUCAGAUUUGAAGGGAAAUUACUUCAGUGUUAAUUUAAAAUGCUGUUAUUUUGUGCCAGUGAUGUUAUUUAGGGUUGCACGCCAUUCAAAUUGUAUCAUUUCCAGAUAUUGAUGAUCUUUGAUUCCUAUAACCCUAAUUUUUGAGAAUUUGGAAUUGAUGUAUUUUUUAUAAUAUCCCUGUAUGCCCCAAAUUCAGAAGUGUGUGGUGCCAGCUUUAUUUGAACUACUGCUGAUUUGAUCCAUGUCCUUUUACUUUCAGAGGCUUAAUGAAACACCUAUGAAUAUGAAGAGAGAAAUAGCAGCAGUGGUUUUUUUCUUGAAGAGGCUUGUGAAAAGAAGCCAGAAGCUGGAACCGGAGAAGGUAGAGCUGUUUGUCGAGAAGCUGGCUGUGGCUCUGCAAGAGAAGUUUAAGGGACACUGGUACCCUGAAACCCCAAGCAAAGGACAGGCGUACAGGUGCUGAUCUGACUCUUCAUGUUUUGACUCAUUGCCUUUAACCUCUCAGAACUUUUUGUUUAUUGCCUUUUUUUUCUCUUGCACUUGACUCGCUGUCUCUGGGGACUGUUAAACCAUAACAUGUGUUUCUGUGCUCCACAGGUGCAUUAGGAUGAACUGCUUCGACUGUCAGGAUCCAGUGCUCCUUCGGGCCUGUCAGGAAAGUGGGAUUCACCACAGUGACCUGGGGUUGCCUCUUGAACUCACAUUGUGGGUGGAUCCAGGGGAGGUCUGUUGCAGGUAAGACUCAGAUAUUUUUUCUUCCCUGCAUCACAGCCUGUGAUGUUAUUGCAUCAUGAAACACUGCUCACUUGUGUUCGGCGGUAUGAACAAAAUCUUAUAUCACGGUAUGAAUAAUUUCAUAUCACGGUUACGGUCUUUUGUCAUGGUAUGCCCCCCCCCCUUCCCCUUUAAAUUCAAUUAAUGGCUUAAAAAUAACCACACUGUCACAUUUGUUGAUUUUCCUUUUAUUUUCAAACUCGGAUUGGUAUACAAAUGAAAACAAAAUACCAGACCAGUACGGCAAUUUUUUUUAUCAUAUGGCAUACCUUUAGCGAAAAACUCUGCUAAGCUCUUUUGUUUGAGAGGAGCUGCUGCAGUUUUAGUUUUUGGUGCAGCGGGUGCGCCACGCAUCUUUUGGCUCUCAUCAUGGAGCUUGCCGUGUUUCAUCUUUAGGGGGUGGAAGAGGUUUCUGGUAUUUCCAGCUCCAGUAACAACAGCCACACACACUCUUUGCAUAGUAUUGUUUUUUGGUCAUUAUCGGAUUUUCUAAAUCCGAAGAAUCUCCAGACAACUGAUGUAGCGACUCGCUCUCCUUUUUUCGGAAUGAGUUCCUUCUCCUCUUCCUCAUGUUGGGUGGGUCGGGUUGCCUCCGUUUGCUCGGUACUGCCACUAAUCUCCAUGUCCGCCAUGACCACCACCAGUUAAGCUGUUUCUUCUUUGAAACUCUGCCAAGCAGUCUGCUGGACACGCUGGUGGUUAUAGGGAGCGCACCCAAACCUGUCCUAUCAAACAGAGCAAACAAACUCCGCAUGACACGCUGGUGAAUAUACCAAAAUGCACCCAAACAGAUAUUCCGGCUUUCCUGUUAGUGAGCGCAGCCAACCACAGACUAACUCCGAGAGACGAAGCAGACAUCGUCUCUCUCUCUCUCCAGUAUAAACAAUAUCGCAAAAUUUCUACCAGUAGACACUCUUAUUCUGUCACACCAUAUAUACGAUCAUACUGCCCAACACUACUGCUAACUCACCACUACAGCUGCAUGCUCCUCUGUUUGGUCUUGUUUUUCCUGUCCUCAAUUAUUGAGCUCUGGCUUCUUUACAAAUGAGUCACUCACUAAGACGAAUGAUAUUGGGGAAAAUCUGUUUGUUUUACUUUACAGUCUUUUACCCAUGAAGCUUCUAGACUUUAAUCCAAAGCUGAAAGACACGCUAAACCCGAACUAUCAUUGUCAUAUGUAUAAUAUGAGUAAAACAACACUUAAUUUCCUCUGGUUUACAUAUAAAGACUGCCCUCUCAUAACACUAACACAUCACCCUGUGCUGAAAUCCAUUAUUCUGUCUGUUUCUUGUAGUGUGAUUGCAGCCCCUUUUAUUAUUUGUGACAGAAAAAGAAUAAGAUUGAAAAAACCUUUUUUAGCUUUUGCUCAGUGUCUCAACUCAAACACUGUUCUGGUGGUUUAGUAACAGGUUUCCUGUCCUCUUUUAUUACAGAUAUGGUGAACAAAACCCCUGCUUCUCUGUGGCCACUUUCUCUAAUGACCAUAAGGAAGACAAGGAUUUUGCUAAGAAGAUGACCAGUGCUUUACAGAGAGUGACGUCAGACUAUCACUCAGGUUCUUCAUCUGAUGAGGAGGGGCUGCACAACUCCCCUCUCACUGUCCACAACAGUCACUGUACUAAGCAGAAUUCCAAGGUACUGUAUCAAAACUACCCAUACUGUUUGUACUGUUAUGGAGUUAUUUUAACAGUAACUAGGAGUAAGACAGUAGACCCUGCUCCUACUGUAGCGGUUUUCUUCUGAUAUUAUGCUCAGGUUGGGAAACUUGUAUUGUGUUUAAGGUUGUAAGUGGUAAUAAGCUUGAGAAUCUGACAAUCUGUGGUUAUUUUACAGCUCUCUGAUUAAGAAGAUCCCACAAAGACAGUAGAAGUUGAGAUUCAGGAAGGAGACACUUGCUAAAAUCAGAAAACAGCUGAAGUUAGCUUUCAGCCACUUCCUAAUGAACAAUGAAGUUAUAAAGCACCAUGGAGACAGAAAAAGUUGCAGAAGUAGAUUUUUUUUAUUUUACUUUAUAAGCACCAAUGUUUAUGCUGGGGGUCUGUUUUUUCAUGUCACAUUGUGACCCAAUAGCAUGAGCCAUACAAUGAUUUGAAGGGGUCUUACUUCUUACAGGGGGGAUAUUAGCCCACUUGCCCCAUUUUUUUCUAAAUCUUGGAAAAUUAACUCACCAAAGUAAACUAUCAGUAUAUGAAUAUUUCUGCAGCAGUGGCGGCUGCUGGUCUUUCAAGGAGGGGAAGCUCAUUUUUCUGGCCUACAUCAUAAUUGUAUUUGUUUAUUAGUAUGUAACAGAACAGAGUCGCCAAACACAACGGCAGUCGUUUUUAACAAAGACAAAAGUCGCUGAGGAUCGGUAAAGUCUCCGGAGCAGUUAAGAACAACGGAAUGAAUAACUUGGAAAAUGCUUUGGUAGAUGUUUUAUUCUUCAAGAUCGCUGAUUCGCUUAUUUAGCUGUCAAUCAAAAAAGGAUUUCGCCUCAGACAGCUCAUCCAAUCAUGGAUGCAGAAGCUCGGAGUCCGGGAGAAAGUCGGGACCGCCCUCUCGCCAUAGAACUCCAGAGACGCCGAGCGUCCGAUGGGCGGGACAAAGCCCAGCAUUUAUCCAAUGAGCGUCUAGUUUCGCUGCUGGAACAACCCAAUUUGAGCUUCCACAUUGAAGUCAGCAGAAGCUGAGCGUCCGGCUGUUUAAAGCGCUGAAGUUAUGCCGGUUACCUGUGAUUAUCAGCUUCUUAUCACAGUGUCUGAACAAAAGAUGAAGGCUUUCUAGCACGUAUUUAGUUAAUGAAAUGAACACACAGCAGUACGUAUUUCACCACUUUUUCUUUUUUUUGGGGGGGUGACAUUUUAAGGGAAGCUGAGCUCCCUUGCAGUCUUAGAGCAAUCGCCACUGUUCUGCAGAUAUGUAGAUGAAUCUUGACAACUAUUAAUGGUAAAACUUGUUUUUUUAGAAGUGGGUAUAUAGGAUUCCACAUCCAUUUCAGCCAGAUAGAUACAUACAUAGAUACUUUAUAAAUCCCAGAGGGAAAUUAAGAAAAAAAAAAAAACAGAGGCAGCACCGGUGAAACACAGUACACAUUCUAUGAAUGUUUGAAGGUUUGUAAAUCAUGGCAUAUCCAGUAUCAGCUAAAAACCAAUAUCUUGUACCCCAAAUUAAGUGCCUGCCCACACUGUACUAAUAAAGCUUGUUCAGGGGCUUACAUGGUAUAAAAAAUGGACACCCUCAUAAACAUCAGCACUUUAAAAACAGUCUUCUAUAAAAUAAUCUUUGCAAACGGUUCUUUUUUUCCAAAUGGUUUAUCAAAUAUGAUUUUAAACUGAAAAAAUGUCAGAAUUGAUUAUGUGUAUUACUGUCUGUCUGUGUUGCUACUUUGAACCUUAACAACCUUUUUAUAGGAGCUUAGAAAUGAUUCUGAUUCUUAUUAAGACUAAAGACCGAGAACACUGUUAUAAGACAUGCUAAUAGUCCACGAAUCCUCCAUGUCACAAAAAGAUGGCUGCAAUGGUGAUAUGGUCCAUGGGUAAGGUGUAUGAAGAGGUUUUUGCUUAUGUUGCAGUGAGUGAUGUCUUUUAUGUCUUUUCUUCUUAGACAAUGAAUCCUGCAGCUCCCACAUGGCAUCCAAAGAAGAGGACUCCAGGAAAAAGUGACAUGGCUCCUUGUCCUCACUACACCUUCAAACCUCACAGCAGAGGGCAGCACACUACGAAGCACGUCCUGUGGGUCCCUCCGAGUUACAGAAGAGGGCCUGCAUACUGGAAUACACACCAACAUCUGGCACACUGUUACAGUUAGACUGACCAAUGAACUUUUAUAGCUGAGACAUUUCCACAGAAGUCCUUUUUGCACUUUAGACCAUCCAUUUGUUCUAGUUACCUGAAUCACUUGUUUUGAGUUCGAUAUUGGAAUUUGAAUAAUGUAAUGUAGUCUUGAAGAACUUUAUAUAUUUUUUUUACAACAGGAGACUUUAAUGUGUUUUGAAGUAGAGUCCUUUUGAUUUUUUUAAUUUAUUCAGGGAGGCAAAUUUUCCGAUAUAUAGGCUUAAUUUUUUGUAGUGUUAUCAAACACAAUUUCGUGUUUCAUGGUGGAUUAUUUAUUCCUGUGGUGUUUUAAAGGUUCCUUAAAGGUUGUGGUUAAAGAGUUUCUUGUGGUAGGUUUUUUUGUUCAGUUUUUUUAACUUCUUGCUUAUGUUGUUGAAGAAGAACAAGCAAUACCUGCACCAAAGAUCUGUCAGUUUGGUGUUUGGACUCAUUUGUCGAAUUUUAAAAAUUGUAGUUAUUAAAGAAAUCUGAAGCACUG